AUGACCUGGCAGAUGCAACAUAGUGAAGCCGACUGCGAGUUGAGGAACGACAUAUGGUCAGAUCCCUUUCCUGGAAAUGCAUCGAUCACUUUCCGCGUCGCUCACCAUCAGGAUACGCCGCAGUAUUGGCCAUGCUUAGACAAAACCAAAUGGCACCCCACAAUUAAUGGUUCACUACCAGAACCUGGCCAGGACCUCGACUUUCCCGGCUCUGGCAUACAUGUUAUUGUUCCUGUAACCGAAACCGUGUGUCGUCCAAGAAUAUUGAAAUACUAUGUCACCAUCUCACACGCUGGAGGAACACAACAUGUCUCGUGGGCUGUCAAAGACGAGGAAUUUGUCCCAGAGUACACUAGCAAAUUUGAAAGCUUUAAUGGAACUUUUGAGCGAUGGCUACAGCUUUCCGACGCUGUGGACAUAUGUCAGAACUUUGCAAGAGACUUCAACCAGUCUGGAACCACCUUCCAAGCCAUCAAUUUUGAAUACCCCAACAUGUCAAGCGGUACGAAACCCUACACAACUGAAAAUGGUAGUGUGGUGGAAACAUGCGUACUCGAAGCGGAGCCCCUAUCGAAUAUCAUGAUUACCGACUCAUGGCAAGGGAUCUGGCCUCUGAGUGUUUUCGAGCAACGACUCCAUGACAUUGAUAAUACUUACUGUCCGGCAUUCGACCCUGAAAUGGCCAACGAGCUCCUCAUCAACACCACAAUCUCAGCACUAGCCCUAAACCAACGCUUCGACAUCGUCAACGGAACAGAGACCCGUACUUUCAACAUCUACCGCUUCGAGAACAAACUCGCCUUCUUCCUAACAUACGGCCUCUCACUCGCACUCGCCAUACCAGUCCUAGCGCUAGGACUCGUAGCUCUCUACGUCCAAAACCACGGCGUUUCGGCUAUCAGUGGAGGUUUCAUGCAGCUUCUUAUGACGACUACUGGACGCGGUUCGCUUGAAGCGGUGGUUACGAGAGGUUCAGGUACGCUGGGCGGAUACGAGAAUGUUUCGGAGGAGCUGCGUGGGAUGGAGGUUAGGUUUGGAGAGCUCGUUGAAGUUGGUGGGGAUGAAUUUCAGGAGACUGACACGCUUUUGAGUGGGCAUGACGGGCUUGCUGAUGUGCGGAAUGAUGAUCGUUCGCAGUCAGGUGUGCAGGCUGCGUCUGGAACGGAGCGGUUCGAGAACAGCGUUUCUGUAGCGCGAAGAGCUGGCUUUGGCACGGUCGAUGAAGUGAUACCAUUCAGGAAGGAAGCAGAAUAG